CCAGCUUGCUUUCUUGCUAGAUGACCCCAGUGCUGCUCACCAACAGUGUUCCCACUCAAAAAGCAAAAGCACUUGCCCAACUUGCUCCGAGCCCUGUAAGCGCAUAUAAUUUCGCCCGAGUCCGUGUGGGAAUAUAAAGCCGGCCCACCAUCCUGAACUCAUCGAAUACACUUGAAAAGCUUUGCCAUGGGUCAGUUAUCGUCACAAGGCUACAACGCCAUCAUCUACUUGUCAUAUGCCUUCUUGUUGUUCACCGGGCUCUUCUUGGCUUGGAAAUACUCCUCGCUGAACACAUUCUUAUCAUCAAACGGAACCCAAAGGGGCAUUCCAUUGGCCCUCAACUUCAUUGCCUCAGCCAUGGGUGUGGGUAUCUUGGCCACCUACUCUCAGAUUGCCAACCAGGCCGGUUUGCACGGUUUGUUGGUGUACACCUUGUGCGGUGCCAUUCCCAUCUUUGGGUUUGCUUUGGUGGGGCCCAUCAUCCGUAAAAAGUGCCCAGAAGGGUUCAUUUUCACCGAAUGGGUCAGACAACGGUAUGGUCCUGUCACCAGUCUUUACUUGUCAUUUUUCACCUGCUUGACCAUGUUUUUGUUCAUGAUUGGUGAAUUGUCUGCCGUUCGUGGAGCCAUCGAAACCUUGACGGGAAUGAGUGCUUUGGGGGCCGUUAUUGUGGAGUGUGUAGUGACUUCCAUCUACACUUCAUACGGUGGUUUCAAGGUCAGUUUCAUCACCGACAAUUUCCAAGGUGCAUUGGUGGUGAUAUUGAUCAUCAUCUGUGCUUGCGGAAUGGGAUCGUACAUCCAUAUUGAUCCCUCAAAAAUUGGCGAGAGUGGCUUAUUGAAAGGUAACAAGCUCGGAUGGCAAUUGGUGUAUAUUUUAUUUGUGGCCAUCUUGACCAACGACUGUUUCAUGGCCGGUUUCUGGUUGAGGACGUUCGCCAGUAAGACCAACAAGGAUUUGCUUGUUGGUUGUUCCAUUGCCUCAGUGGCUGUGUUUGUCAUCACCACUCUUGUGGGUGUUCCAGGGUUUUUGGCUGUGUGGUCUGGGGACUUGACAGUGCUGGAUCCUAACGGAGCCAAUGCAUUUUUCGUUUUGUUGGACAAAAUGCCUAACUGGAUUAUUGCGUUCGUGUUGAUCUUCUGUAUCUUUUUGUCCACCUGUACCUUUGACUCCUUGCAAUCUGCCAUGGUGUCUACCAUUUCCAACGAUUUGUUCAGAAACAAAUUGCCUAUCAUUUACAUCAGAGGCUUGGUGAUCAUCAUCAUGGCCCCCAUCAUUGUAUUGGCAGUGAAGGUGGCUGACAACAUCUUGCAAAUUUACUUGAUCGCUGACUUGGUGUCUGCUGCCGUUAUUCCUGCUGUGUUCCUAGGCUUGAGUGAUUCGUGGUUCUGGUUCCUCAGAGGUUUCGACAUCAUGUGUGGUGGUUUGGGUGCCUUGCUUGCUGUGUUUGUGUUUGGUACUGUCUACUACGGAAGUGCCAAAGAGGGUGGAAAAUUGUUGUUGAUCUGGAAUGGUAUCUAUGACUCUUCUGAUUGGGGAGCCUUUGGUGCGUUUGUAAUUGCCCCAUUUGGUGGUAUGCUCAUCACCUUAGCUGCUGCUGCUGUGAGAAUUGGGGCCAUCUGGGCUUACUGCAAACUCACUGGCGCUCCAUUCGAAGCUUUGGACAGACCUGAAGUUGUUGAAACCGAAACCACCGAGGUGGUAUCCCAUUACGGCUCCUUAGAGGACCCACUGAAAAAAGACCCCAGUGUGUAAAUAGUGUAUAGAAUAAUCAUGGGUGCAAAUCCAGCAAUAUUAAUAAACUAAUUCC